AUGGCUCGAAUCACCGAUGCCAUUGCCAAAGACCACCGUCUACUCGAGUCCUACUACGAGACGAUCGUACGUGCCGAGGACGCCGAUGAGCGGACACGCUUCCAAAACCAGUUUAUCUGGGAGCUAGCUCGACACUCAGUGGCUGAGGAGCUGGUUGUCUAUCCAGCGAUGGCAAAAUACCUGCGCAAUGGGGAUCAGCCAGUGGACAAGGACCGGCAGGGACAUCAGACACUCAAAGAACGCCUCAAGAACUUCCAGGACUUGAACUGUUCCGAUCCGCGCUUCAUUCCCACGAUCACCAUGCUGAUGGAGGACCUCUCCAAGCACAUCCACGACGAAGAGACCAUGGACCUCGUCAAGCUAGAGGGUGCCAUCACCGCAGAGGAGAGCAGGCGGCUGGCCAAGUCGCUCCGCCGCACCAAAAUCUUUGUACCAUCCCAAGCACACCCCGAAGCACCGGACAGGCCACCAUUCGAGUCGGCGGUGGGGUUGCUGGUGGCUCCAUUUGAUCACUUACGGGAUAUCCUGCGUAAGUGGCCGGAGGAUAUCUUUUAUCCGAAUACGUCCAUGGAUUAG